AUGGCAGCACCGGAACCGCCAGAGGGCGUUCAUUUCUACCAGACUGCCGAGGACGUCCCCCCAGAGAUCGCCAAAUACUGGCACCAGCGACACAAGAUCUUCUCCAAGUACGACCAAGGCGUCUGGUUGACCAGUGAUGCCUGGUUUGGCGUGACCCCAGAGCCCGUCGCGCAGAAGAUUGCAGAGCACGUCGCUACUGCAGAUCCAUCCAAGACCGUCCUCAUCGAUGCCUUUGCUGGCGCUGGCGGCAACGUCAUCGCCUUCGCCCUCUCGGGCCGCUUCAAGCAGAUCUUCGCCAUCGAGAAGGAUGCCAAGACUCUAGCAUGUGCCAAACGCAACGCAGCAAUCUACGGCGUCGACAAGAAGAUCUGGUGGAUCCAUGGCGACGUCUUCCACAUGCUGAAGACGCGUCUGAGCUCGCUGACCAAGAACGCCGUCAUCUUCGCCAGUCCACCUUGGGGGGGUCCCUCGUACACCGACUGGGACGUCUUCGACCUCUCGUAUAUGGAACCGUAUAAUCUGCAACAUCUCUACGACUCCUUCGCCAAGGUGUCGACCGAGGUCGUGCUCUAUCUCCCGCGCACGUCCGACGUUCGCCAGCUGGCCAAGCAUGCAAAGGUCGAGGACAAGUUGAAGGUUAUUCACUACUGUAUGCACGGCGCGAGCAAGGCUCUUUGUGUCUACUAUGGCUCCUUCGCUCUUGAGUGA